AUGAGUGCUGAUUUGGUUUGGGCUAUCAUCAGAAACAACAACUCUUUCCUUGUUAAGCGUCCUGGUGUUCAAUUCUCUUCUGAACCCUCCAACUUGAAGAACAUCAACUCUUUCAAGUACUCUGGUCUUGCCAACUACAAGUCCGUCUCCAUUCUCCCUGUUGCCCGUGGUGUUCGUGUCACUACCCGCAAGGCCAAGAAGGAAAACUCUCCUGCCAAGUCUGCUAACUCUGUUGUCAUUGCCAAGACCCGUCGUCAAACUUCCAAGUCUGUUGCUAACUUGAUUGCCAAGAGCAAGUACAGACCUGAUCUCCGUGCUGCUGCUGUUGCUCGUGCUUCUGCUAUCAUCUCUACUCAACAACCCAAGAAGGUUCACGCUAAGCGUGAAGCUAAGGGUCCCCGUGCCCAAAAGAACUAA